CUGCUACUUACAUGCACACAGCAGGCGGUGUGCUCAGUACCGUGCGAUGCGACUUAGCGGGGCACUUGGCAACAGCUUCCCCGAAGCAACCCCAUCUGUGCUUUAUCUUCUAUCUCAGGAAUGUAGGCAAGCUAUCUCCCGUGCAUAACUCUAUCUAUCCCGUCCCAGUGACUCUAUCACCGGAGCCUAUUCGCGGCGUAUGCACCCUUUUGCGUCACUCGAUUCCCAGGACGUAGCGGGCUGGUCAAGGUGCUUUAAGUGGCCGGGGCGAAUGAGCAGAGACUCCAAGGGUAUCCUUCUGUGCUACCUCCACUCCAUGUCAGGUCCAAAGUUUCGAGUUGCCAUCUGCGGAGGAGGCAUUGGAGGCUUAUGUCUUGCCGUUGCCCUCUCAAAGCACUCUGACAUACAGCUGGAUUUGUAUGAAGCAACUGCGCGCUUCAAGGAGAUUGGUGCUGGAGUCAUGAUGUGGUCGCGGACGUGGGAGAUACUAACCCUCCUCGGACUGGACACCAAGUUCUCACAGAUCGCGCAUGCUCCCCCCGACGCUUCAAUUGGUGUAGGAUUUGACUACCGCAAAUCCGACCAGCCGGAGGAAGGCCACCGCUUUCACUUAUUUGAACUUCCAUAUGGCUGCAUCCGUUUCCAUCGUGCGCACUUCCUGGAUGUCUUCGUGGACGCACUACCAGACGGCGUCGCUCACUUCGGCAAGCGACUACUGUCCUACUCGCAAGGCUCCUCAGAUGCUCCACUGGAGCUGCACUUCAGUGAUGACACGACAGCAGUCUGUGAUGUCUUGAUUGGGUGCGAUGGCAUCAAGUCCACAAUCCGCAAGCAAAUGCUGGAAGAGAAAGCGAAGACUGGCCAGAAAGACCUACUGCAGCACAUCGAUCCGAUAUGGACCGGGACUAUUGUCUACAGAGGAUUGAUACCAGUAGAUCACUUGAAAGGUCAAGACGAGAAGAAGCAUAGGACUGUUGAGACGCCAAUGAUGCACGUCGUCAGCUACUCAAUCUCCAGUCGCAGCAUCGUCAACGUUGUUGCCUGCACAUCACGCCCUGAACUCGAAGGUACCACAUACGACAAGUCAUGGGUUGUUGACUGCACGCAGGAAGAGCUACUGGAUUGUUACGAUGGCUGGGAACCUGAAGUCUGCAUCGAGAAGCCCACACGAUGGGCUAUCCACCAUCUUCGCCCUCUACCAACGUACGUAUCAAACAAGGUUGCAUUACUUGGUGACGCAGCACACGGCAUGAGCCCACAUCAAGGCGCAGGUGCCGGACAAGCCAUAGAGGAUGCAUUCAUCCUCGCCCAUCUCUUGGGGCAUCGUUCCACUACUCUGGUCACGCUCCCUCAAGCAUUGCUCACUUACGAGCAUGUACGACUGCCCCUCGCGAAUCACGUCCUCCGUGGUUCCUAUCAGUCCGGAACGAUGUACGAAUUCGAUGGACCCCAAGGAGAUGAUCUACGGGUACUGGGACCGGCGAUAGAAAGUCAGUGGGACUGGGUCUCACAGACUAGUCCGGCCGAUGAGGCGGAGAGAGCAGUUGGUUGGUUGGCCGAGAUAGCGAAGUCGCAUCCUUAGCUUGCGGUCAAUCCUCCUGAUGUGCCACUGGCAAUGAUUCGAACCGUCAGUGUAGACCAGGUUGCGAUGCAGACUUGAACUGCUA